CCCUGGUGGUGCUUUAGAGUUCCUGAGUCGUGCAGCGUGCGCGACGGUAGUGACGCGUUUUACCGGGAGCAUGGCGGAUACCGGCUUGCGCCGCGUGGUUCCCAGCGACCUUUAUCCCCUCGUGCUCGGCUUUCUGCGUGAUAACCAACUUUCGGAGGUGGCCAAUAAAUUUGCAAAAGCGACAGGCGCUACGCAGCAGGAUGCCAAUGCCUCUUCCCUCUUGGACAUCUAUAGCUUCUGGCUCAAGUCCACCAAAGCCCCAAAGCGGAAAUUACAGUCAAAUGGACCAGUGACCAAGAAGGCUAAGAAGGAGACUUCCUCCAGUGACAGCAGUGAGGACAGCAGUGAGGAAGAGGAAAAGGCCCAAGGGCUUUCAGCAAAGAAGGCUGCUGGACCUGCCAAGCGAACCAGUGUGCCUCAGCAUGCUGCAAAGGCAGUAGCCAAAGGUUCAGAGAGCAGCAGUAGUGAAGAAUCCAGUGAUGAGGAGGAGGAAGAGGACAACCAAAAGAAGAAGCCUGUCCAGAAGGCAGUCAAGCCCCAAGCCAAGGCAGGCAGAACGCCCCCUAAGAAAGCCAAGAGCUCUGAGUCUGAGUCGGACUCCAGCUCAGAGGAUGAAGCACCCCAGACCCAGAAGCUAAAGACAGCUCCGGGAGCCAGAGCUCAGCCUAAAGCCUCAGGCAAACCAGCUAGAGCACAAACUAAAGUAGCCAAUGGCAAGGCAGCCAGCAGCAGCAGCAGCAGCAGCAGCAGCAGCAGCAGCAGCAGCAGUGAUGACUCGGAAGAGGAGGAGAAAGCCGCAGCACCCCCCAAGAAGGUGCAGACUGUACCUAAAAAGCAAGUUGUGGCCAAGGCACCAGUGAAAGUAGCUGCCACCGCCACCCAGAAGAGUUCCAGCAGUGAAGAGGAAGAACAGAAAAAACCCAUGAAGAAAAAACCAGGUCCCUACAGCUCUGUCCCACCACCUUCUGUUCCUUUGCCAAAGAAGUCCUUGGGAGCCCAGUCUCCAAAGAAGGCCGCUGCGCAGAAACAGCCUACAGAAAGCAGUGAGGACAGCAGUGACGAGUCGGAUUCGAGUUCAGAGGAAGAGGAAAAAGCCCCUGCUAAAGUAGUCCUCUCCAAGACACCUGCCAAACCAGCUCCAGCGAAGAAGAAGCAAGCAGAGAGCUCUUCAGACGACAGUUCAGAUUCAGACAGUUCUGAGGAUGAAGCUCCUACCAAGCCAGUCAGUACCACCAAGAAUCCCUUAAGCAAGUCAGCUGUCACUCCCAAACCAUCUGCGGCUAAGGCAGCUGCAGCUCCUAAGCAACCUGCAGGCAGUGGCCAGAAACCUCCGACCAGAAAGGCGGACAGCAGCUCCAGUGAGGAGGAGAGCAGCUCCAGCGAGGAGGAGACAGCGAAGAAAACUGUGACCGUCCCCAAGUCCAAGGUGACUGCUAAAGCAGCACCUUCUCUGCCUGCCAAAAAGGCUCCUCAGGCUGAGGACAGCAGCUCUGACUCAGACAGUUCCAGCAGUGAUGAAGAGGAGAAGACACCUAAGCCUGCAGCUAAGAAGAAGGCCGCGGGAGGUGGAACCCCUUCCAAAGCAGCCCCUGUGAAGAAAGCAGCAGCCAAAGAGAGCAGCAGCUCCUCUGAAGAUUCCAGUGAAGAGGAGGAGGCGGCACCAGCCAAGGGCAAGGGCACUGCUAAACCACAGGCCAGCAAGGCCAAUGGCACGCCAGCUCCUCAGAACGGAAAAGCAGGGGAGGAAAGCGAGGAGGAAGAGGAGGAAGAAGAGACGAAGAAGGCACCAGCGUCGGCUUCCAAGCCAGGAAAGAAACGGAAGCAGAGUGAGACAUCAGAGGAAGCAGGGACUCCUCAAGCUAAGAAAGUUAAGCUCCAGACUCCCAACACGUUUCCAAAAAGGAAGAAAGCAGAAAAAAGGGCAUCUUCCCCAUUCCGAAGAGUCAGGGAGGAGGAGAUUGAGGUAGAUUCCCGAGUAGCAGACAAUUCCUUUGAUGCCAAGCGAGGUGCAGCUGGAGACUGGGGUGAGCGAGCCAAUCAGGUUCUGAAGUUCACCAAAGGCAAGUCCUUCCGCCAUGAAAAAACGAAGAAGAAGCGAGGCAGCUACCGGGGAGGCUCCAUCUCUGUCCAGGUCAAUUCCAUCAAGUUUGACAGCGAGUGAUCUGUGGUCAUCUUAGCGAAGGAAGGGUGAUGGCGGAAGGCUGGCCAGUCCCCUCCAGUGGACCCGGAAACUCAGUGUUGUUAGGAGAGGGUCUUGGCAAGGACAGAUUUGAGAGGUCAUGACUGUCAUCACGGUCUCCAAUCCUUUUCUGUUCCGA